UGCGAUUUUCUGUCAACGACUCUCACAUAUUUACGGGUUGAAUCUAAUUUCAAUAUCACUGUAUUAUUUAUAGUAGUAUUAGUAAAAAAAAUAUAUAUAUAUAAAACGAUGUGAAUACUGAACAAUUUCGCUCUGUGUUUCACGUGAUUCGGCUGUUUCUGCGCCAUAUUCUAUUGGACUAAAACAAAGAGUGCAUGGUUUGGUCUAAGAUUGUUCUAUGUUAGACUGACUAGAUGGGUGGAGGACAUCGUUAACGAAACUAAUAGGAGCAACAAAAACAUAGAAAUGAUAUGUAACGUAUAAGCCACACAAUCACUACUAGUUCUAGAAUCGUCUCUCUCGGUUAAGUUAAUUCCACGUGGAUAACAUACGUCGAGCGUGACGUUUGUGUGGUGUGGAACCGGAAGUGCACCGCAGUGACCUCUCUCACUGUCGUCUACGUUUUUGCUCUAAGUGGAAGUGAAACGCAGUCUGUAGUUGUUUCUGCUGGGCUGUCAACUGCGAUCGAGCCGGUGGACCAAACAGCGGCUAGCCGCGGUGUUUACACCCGGGCACCAAAUUACAAAACACUGCGGGAUCGCGAGAACCUCCCGGGAGGGUUGUGGGGACAUGGACGAGCAACGAGGACCGGUGCUCCACAUCGUGGUAGUUGGGUUUCACCACAAGAAGGGCUGCCAGGUCCGCUAACCUCCUGCUUAGCUUGCUAACCGCUUCAUGUUGUUUAUGUGGAGGCAAGAUGCAGUGCUUGUUGACGAUAAUGGUGGUGCAUCAGCUGUUUCUGCAGCGGUUACGUAAGACGUCCUGCACAUCUUUCCAGCUGACCAGCAACAUUUACGAACAUCCGUGUUUCCUGUUUGGAUGCACUGGAGCGUCACAAUCUGAUGAUUUAAUGGCUCAUGUCAUCACUUUGGUGUUCACUGCUUUUGUGUUGCCUCAUGCACUGUUUUACUCAGAAUUGGGGGUAGGAGACUAUAAUGUGACACUGCACAGGAGUAGUGAUAAUACAUGCCGGGAAAUAAGUAUGGCGUUUUUAGCAACAUACCUACAACACGUCUGGAAACUUGUGUUUAUUCACAGGCAGUCUGGAUCACCUGCAUUGUUGGUACAAUCAGACAUGCUGAUUGUGCCUUGAUUCACACCGUAAACCUGUUCUGCAUGCUAUGUGGCACUUUGCCUCGACAAAAGGCAUGACAAAAGGGAAAGCAUGCGACACAUCUUUGGUGGCCUCUGUUUUCCACCUGUCUGCUUGUACAGGGAAAAAAAUAGAGUUGAUGUCCAAGCUGACUUGCUGGAGGCCAUGCGAUAUGGCAGUCAGUGAUCCCCUGCUGGCUAUCACGUUUUAAUUGUCUUUUCAUGGACCUGUCCUCCUCUCACACCUUCUCUGCUGCACAUCUGGUGCUCUGGCAGGAGGUGAAUUGCCACUUCUGCGGAGUUGGACUUGACAAAAACAUCUGAAAAAAACUCCUUGAUUUAUUUGUAAAUGACAACUCACGCUGUACUGGCUAAGCAAGAAAAUUGUGAUUCACAUUUUGUUACCCCAAAUAUGCUUUCAUCUUCUUCACACCAGGUGGAGUUUUCCUACCCACCGCUGAUGCUGCAAGAGGGUCAUGAGAGCAACAUGCUGCCCGAGGAGUGGAAGUACCUUCCUUUCCUGGCUCUUCCCGACGGCGCUCACAACUACCAGGAAGACACGGUCUACUUCCACCUGCCCCCCCUCAGCGGAAACACCAAGUGCGUCUACGGCGUCUCCUGCUAUCGACAGAUUGAAGCAAAGGCUUUGAAGGUCCGACAGGCUGACGUCACGCGGGAGACGGUGCAGAAGAGCGUGUGCGUUUUGAGUCGUGUGCCUCUGUUCGGUCUCCUCCAAGCCAAGCUGCAGCUCAUCACGCACGCUUACUUUGAGGAGAAAGACUUCUCGCAGAUCUCCAUCCUGAAGGAGCUGUACGAGCACAUGAACGGCUCCCUGAGGGGUUCAGCUCUGGACGGCUCACAGGUGUUCCUUGGCUUGUCCCCGCGAGAUUUAAUCCUGCACUUUAGACACAAGGUCCUCAUCCUCUUCAAGCUCAUCCUGCUAGAGAAGAAGGUCCUCUUCUACGUGUCCCCCGUCAGCAGACUAGUCGGAACGCUAAUGACAGUUUUGUCCCUGUUCCCUGGUGUGAUCGAGCAUGGCCUGGUGGACUCGUCUCACUACAGACCUAAGAGCAGCGCGUCCGAGGACCUGCUGGGCAGCGUCUCCGGGGCCGAGGAGUUUGUGUCCGUGUCCGCCAGCGACAUCGCACCUUCGUCACUGCCCACCAGGAACGGCGCCAGCGGGGACGACAACCACCUUAAACCGCCGGCCUGCACGUCACCUGAGUCCUCCGAGAGCGACUGGGAGACCCUGGACCCCAGUGUGUUGGAGGAGGGGCCCAAGGAGCAUGCGGACGAGCGGAAGGAGGUGCCGUCGGGGAUGCCGGACACCUUUGAGUCCAAGCCAACCACACCCAUCACGGUGCAGCCUGUCAGCAGUCAGGGAGGGGUCACGCAGGGGCUGAUGUCGGGUCUGGAGGAGGACCAGUACGGACUGCCGCUCGCAAUCUUCACCAAAGGUUAUUUGUGUUUGCCCUACAUGGCGCUGCAGCAGCAUCACCUCCUGUCAGACGUGACGGUGCGCGGCUUUGUUGCCGGGGCGACGAACAUCCUCUUCCGCCAGCAGAGGCACCUCAGCGACGCAGUCAUUGAAGUGGAGGAAGCGGCCGUCCACAUCCAGGACCCCGAGCUCCGCAAGAUCCUCAGCCUGACCACGGCCGACCUGCGCUUCGCCGACUACCUGGUCAAACACGUGACGGAGAACCGUGACGACGUCUUCCUGGACGGGACAGGCUGGGAGGGCGGGGACGAGUGGAUCCGGGCGCAGUUUACGCUCUACAUCCACACCCUGCUAGCGUCCUCCUUGCAGCAAGAUAACGAGAGGCUACUGGCAGAUUACGGCGCACCCUUCGUCACUGCCUGGAAGAUCACACACAACUACCGCCUAUGGCACAGCAACACGCACCCCGCCAUGGCCGCCAUCACCCCAGGACAUCCUUUCCAGGGACAGUACAGCGUGGCUGAUGUGAAACUCCGCCUGUCACACUCAGUGAACAACAGCGAGCGAGGGAAGAAACUCGGGAACGCCAUGAUGACCACCAGCAGGAGCGUCGUGCAGACCAGUAAGGCCGUGGGUCAGUCCGUGGGCGGAGCCUUAACUAGCGCCAAAUCGGCCAUGUCCUCCUGGUUCUCCACUCUGGCUCAGCCCGCAGCAGUGUCCCACGCGGGCGUUCCCGAGCCCGCUACAGAGGUCAAACCCUGACCAGAUCCGUUCCCUCCAUGGGCUAAACUACCAUAAUCCGGCGUCAUGAAGGGUGGUGGCAGAGGUUGGUUCCCCCAAACACUAUCACAUCAGCUAGUUCGCCUCCCGAGAUAAAGGUAGCGCCGACGAGUACUUCCUGUGAGACGUUAAAGAUGUUGUCUUCACCGUUUGCGACUAGACCCCCCUUUUGGUCCGACAAGUGCGCUGGAGUCAUAAUAUUGUGGUUACCUUGGUAACAGCGCAAACAACAAAGGCAAAAGCAUUUUUUUUUCAGCAUUUGAACGCUCAAUCAGCACAAAAUAGAUUGAUCGUAUUUUACAUUUUACUGAGAAACGUAGACACCCACCAAGAUUUACUAAGAAUACCCUGUUGGUUUAGCAUGCCAACAACUGAGAUUAAUUCUCUUAAGGCCAGAAAAACUAUAUAUUUUUUAUAUAUAAACAAUAAUUAUAUAAAUAAGUUGUUAUAAAAAUUACAUGUUAACAACCCAUUUAUUUUUAUCCAUCUGUUUUACACCACUCAGUUAAGUCCUUUUAAACAGUAUAUCAAGCAUAUACACAAAUGAAAUGCGUUGAAUACUGUUGCUAAAAUAGCCACAGUGUUAUGACAUCAAUCUUUGUGCAAUCAAACCUAAAAACUGACAAAGCCAGGUUGCAUGUUUGGCCUUUUUGUACAGAGCAAAACUAUUUAAAUUGUAUUCAUUUGUUGUGUUUAACCUUGUGUGUGUUUUGUCCGGACACUGGAGAAAGUCCUGAUGUUUGCAGCCUUUUAGUUCCCCACUGUGUGAAUUUUAACUGUAAUGUUUUAUCUUGUUUUUUUUUUUUUUUAUUCUAUUCACACUAAGCUGGAUGAGAAGCAUGUCACACGUGCGUCACUUGUUUCUCCCUUCCUGCUGCGUCUCAUUUCUUAUUUGAAUGUUUUUGGUUUCUUUUUGUAUUCCUCUGAUGAUAUAUUUUCAUUUUGUAUUUAAAAAAAAAAAAGAUCAGACUAUUUUUCCUGACAGAUGCUUGUAAUGUUAUUGAGGAGAAAGCAAGAUGCUAUAUUGAUGUAUUGAAAAUAAAAAAAGUAUACCACGA